UUUUAACGGGGGACAAGUGGCAUUGUGACCGUGUGGCGAGCCUCGCUGUGGUGUGAGAUCAAAAAGUGAGCCUGCUAUGGCGUUUAUUUAGGGCGAUGAACAUUUCUGGUCCAACUUGUUUCACAUCGAUUCAACUACAACAACAACAUCAACAUCAACAUCAUCUUCUGUAGAACACAAGAAAGAUGUCGAGAGCUUUGGUACCCAGUCAGCAGAAGAUUGCUGAGAAACUCACCAUCCUAAAUGAUCGCGCAAAUGGGAUGCUUAUUCGGAUCUACAACAUCAAAAAGACUUUACAAAAUGCAGAUAAAAAACCUGCUUUCUUUAGUGACAAAAAUAUGGAACAAGUAACUCGUAAUAUCAUAAGACGUUUCCCAAAUAUCGACCCCAAAUCUAAUACGUAUUCGGCCGUCAACCAAGUGAAAGGGGAAGUAAUCAAGUCAUUGUCUCUAUACUACAACACUUUUGUUGAUAUCCUUGAUUUAAAGGACCACAUUAUUCAGCUGCUAACCACGAUGGGUGCUUGUCAGAUUACUCUUGAUAUUAGCUCCAACUAUGAUCUGACAAAGAACUAUCUUGAUCUAAUAGUUACAUAUGUUUGUAUAAUGGUGAUUGUAUCAAAGAUAGAUGACAGGAAAACCAUUCUUGGUCUUUACCAUUUGGGACAUGAGUUCCAGCAUGGCAGUGGAGAACCAGCAUUUCCUCGACUUGGUCAAAUGAUCAUUGAUUAUGACCCUCCAAUGAAGAAAAUGGCAGAAGAGUUUGUUCCACAUGCCAGAUUUUUGUUGCCAGCUUUGCUGUCAUUACAUGUGAUCUAUCCUCGGAGAAAUUUACCUGCAGAUCAGAUGAGAUCCUCGCAAAUCCUCAGUCUCCUCUCGGAACCUUCAAAGUUAAUGAAUGUGCCAAACACUGAUAUAAUUCAAUGUGAAUAUCUAUCACAAGAUGUCAUGGAAAGAUGGAUCAUCUUUGGCUUGAUGCUUUGCUAUCAGCGUCUAUCAGAGCCCCAACCAUGGGACUUAUGGAAAACAGCUCUCCAGUCUGGCUACAUUGUACAACUAUGCAGAGACGAGGUACUGCACAUCCAUAGUUAUAUUGCUGCUUUCUUUGACAGCCUUAAAGGACAACAUAUACAACACAAAAGAGUGACGGAAGUCAAAGAUUUCCAGCAACAUGCACUUCAGACAUCACCUGGUCUUCAUAGAGAACGAAGGAAAUUUCUAAGAACAGCUUUAAAGGAAUUAGCUUUGAUUUAUACGGAUCAACCUGGAUUAUUGGGACCUAAAGUUUUACUUGUGUUCCAGGCCUUAUCAAUGGCACGGGAUGAAAUAUUCUGGUUACUUCGCCAUUUUGAUAAUCCGCCUUCAAAACGCCAUAACAUAAAAUUAUCUCAGGAGGACUUCAUAGAUCGACAAAUUCCUGAAUUAUUAUUUUACAUGGAAGAAUUAAAAGCCCUAGUAAGGAAAUAUAACCAAGUGAUCCAGCGGUUUUAUGUACAAUAUCUCUCUGGCUAUGAUGCAGUCUUACUUAACCAGCUGAUACAGAACUGGUCAACGUGUCCUGAAGACGAAUCCGUGAUUUUAUCAUCCAUCUACAGCACUAUAUCUGCUAUGUCUAUCAAACAAGUGGAAAACAAUGACCUUUUUGAUUUCCGGGGUGUUCGACUAGAUUGGUUUAGGCUUCAGGCAUAUACUAGUAUGAGCAAAUCAGCUAUUAAACUGCAAGACCAGGGUGACAUGGCAAAACAUUUAAAUAUGGUUGUGUUUCAUACUAAAAUGGUGGAUUAUCUGGAUGAAAUGCUCAUAGAAACGGCUGAUUUGUCUAUAUAUUGUUUUUACACUGCUUUGUUUGAGCAUCAGUUCAAAUUAUGCAUGGAGUUCCCAGCCCAACACAGAUACAGCAUUGUCUUCCCUAUGAUAUGUGGACAUUUUAUGAAUGCUACACAUGAUUUAUGUCCAGAAGAGAGACAUUCCAUAGGCACCAGUAGUGUACAGUAUGCUCAUUGGUUCCUGAAGGAUAUCUCUGAGGAGGUCAACCAAGUAAUUACACACAUCUGUGAAGAGCAGUGUCAACUCAGUUACAAACUGCUGCCCAAGCAUAGUGCAGUGUCUAUCAGCCAAUCUUACCAACGUAGGAAAGCCAAAGACAAGAAGAACAAAGCCAUUCAGGAACCGGAGAAACCUGGUACAGAGAGUAUACGUAAAAACAGAGAGAACUUCACUCGAAUGGAUAAACUGCAUAUGGCGCUUACAGAACUUUGUUUUGCCCUCAAUUAUUGUAACAUCAUCCAAGUCCGUGAUCAUGGAUUUGUACCAAGAGAAUUCUUCCUGCAGCUACUGGAAGCCAGAUUCAACAAGGCUUUGGUUGGAAUGAUGAUGUAUAACCCGGAAACUAAUGAAAUAGCUAAACCAUCAGAACUACUGAGUGGUGUACGGGCGAUGAUGAAUGUCUUACAGAGCAUUGAGAAUUAUGUGUCUAUUGAUAUUGCUCGGGUUUUCAACAAUGUUCUACCUCAACAAACUCAGCCAUCAGAUGGCUUCAGUGGUGAGAAAACAAUUACCUUCAAUUAUACAGUCUGGUAUCUUGAAGUUCUCAUGUGGAAAGUAACCUGUAAUAUUGGCCAAAUUGUCUACUCUCCUAACCAGAAGGCUUUUGUGAGUCUGACCACCGAAGGACAAGUUCCUUUCAUAGCUGAGGAAUAUGCCGAUCUAACAGAGUUAAAAGCUCUGGCAGAACUUAUUGGUCCCUAUGGAAUGAAAUACAUGUCCGAAAGGUUGAUGAUUCAUGUGGCCAACCAAGUAGAUGAACUUAAGAAACUUGUUAUUGCCAAUAAGGAAACUUUACAGCUACUUCGAACUAGUUUUGACAAGCCAGAUACAAUGAGGGAGUUAUGUCGUAAACUGCAGAAGCCCAGAAUGUCAGCACAUGUCGACAGUGUCCUCUUGCGUAUGACAAUUGUUGGUGUCCUGUUGUCCUUUCAUACUUUGUGUCAGGAGGCAUUACAAGAUGUCCUUGAUGAACGUAUUCCAUUUUUGAUGGGUUCAAUCCGAGAUCUACAGCAACAUGUUCCUGCCACUAAAGACAAUAUGCCAGCUCAUGUGAAGCAGCAGAUUGUUAGUGAUAUGGCAGCUGCCUCUGGUCUCUACUGUCCAGUUGAUCCUACGCUCUGUGCUGCUUUACGAGCUCAGAAAAGUGAAUUUACCGAAGAUGCUUACACCAUAGCGUGUCUCCUGAUGGUGUUUGUUGCAGUUUCACUCCCCAAGCUUGCCAAAUCAGAAACCUCUUUUUUCAAAGCCUCACUCGAAGGACACCUCAAUAAUAGCCAUUGUCUUGCCAAAGCCAUCAACGCUCUUGCUGGUGCCAUGUUUACCAUUUAUGGUCCUGGAGACUUGGAGGAACGAUUAAAAGAGUUUUUGGCUCUUGCUUCUUCCUCAAUGUUACGGCUUGGCCAAGAGACAGACAAGGAAGCUAUCAAAAACCGAGAUUCGGUCUAUCUACUGCUUGACCAGAUAGUCCAAGAGUCCCCGUUCCUCACAAUGGAUCUGCUGGAGUCUUGCUUCCCGUACGCUCUGCUCCGUAAUGCCUACCAUUCUGUCUACAAACUGUCAGCUGCUGACCACUGAGUGACCAUCACCUACAACAUGACCCCCCACCCCCUAACUACGUGUCCUCAAUACCAAAGCUCUGGCCAAGCUUCACCUUUUGUCUGGGGGUGGAGUUGGAGGGUACAACUACAACUCAUGCUUCUCUCUCUCUGCUUCUUUCUUCCCUCUUCCACCUCCAUUUUCCUCCUCCUCCUGUACAGUUGAGGUUUAGCAGGAGGGCAGCGGAAGGACUGAUGUUCUGCUAUAGCAGUUGGUCGUCAACACUUGAAACCCUU